CCUUCCCCUCUCACUCCUCCUCGCCCCCCUCCUCCCCGCCACCACCUUUAUUUCUCUUCUCUUACCUCUUGCUCUUCAAUCGAGCCUUGCGUGGCAUCCGCUGGUCUUUUUGUGCCAUUGAGACCCGAGCAAACCGGAACAAUACCCGCGCCCUCAUCGCGCCACCCAACUUGAACCUGUCGCCCUCCCGGGCUCUCGAACUCCUUCACCACCCCGCCUCGCAAUCAUGGCCUCCCUGCUUCGACGGCCAGGUAAUCUCGCUCGUCUCCCCAGGAGGGUUGCCGAUAGUGUCUUCCGCGCCCGGCCGCUCGCCGUGCAUGGCCCUCAAUCCCGAGUCUCCGCCCUGAUCCUCGCGCAACGAGCGCGCACAUAUGCCACGCAGCAGCCCAGCAACGGCGGCUCGAAGCCGCCACAGGACGACAAGGACCUCAACAAGAAGGAGUCUACAAAUGCUCAACCCGGCAAUGGCAAGAAGGAGGAGUGUCUCAUCACACCUGAAGACGAGCAACUACUCAACAAGUAUGUCGACUUUAUGAAGGAGCGGAUAGAUCUCGAAAUCGCUUCAGAAAUGCUGGAUGAACUGCGACACAAGUGCCGAGUCUGCGGAUUAACUCCAUCCAUGAGAUCUUACAUGCAGGAAAAUCUUGAAGGGAAGACCCCGUCGCUGAUGAGGUUCAUCACAUUCGCCAGGGAAGUGAGAAAACUCUACGAUGCGUUUGAGAAGAAGAAGGGUCAAGAGCUGGCUGGCGCUGCACGAAGGGACUCAGGGGAUGUUGCAGACUAUGAGAAGAAGAAACAACAACUCAAGGACGAGCUAGAAGACUGGGCGAAGAAGGAAACGAAACCAGGUGGGCAUAUCGACAAGAUCCGCCGAGAUAUAGAACGCAUGGAACAGCGGAUAAAGGAUUCCGGGAAAGAAGGGACGGGUCAACAGCAGAAAGACGCAAAGGCAAAGGAACAACAGCAAGACGGCAAAAAACAGCAACCCAAGGGAGAACCACCCAAGGUCAACGAGAUAAAGCUCGAUGUCCCAUCGAUGUUGAUUGCCUCCCUCCUCGCCUUCUGGGUCUACAACAGUGUCUUUGUUUCGGAAAACAAGCAGGAUAUCACCUGGCAGGAGUUCAGAGCGGACUUCCUUGAGAAGGGUUUGGUGGAAAAGCUCGUUGUGAUCAACAACAACCGAGUGCGGAUCUAUUUGAACCGCGAGGCUGUCGCUAGCGUUUAUCCCGGCUCGCCUGCUCAGUCUAGCAAUUUCUACUACUACUUCAGCAUCGGCUCUGUUGACAGCUUCGAGCGCAAGCUCGAUGCGGCCCAAGAGGAACUUGGUAUCCCAAGCGCAGAGCGGAUUCCUGUUCAAUAUUCCGAGGAAGUCCCACUGGCAGCUACUCUUCUAUCUUUCGCCCCUACCGUUCUUCUUCUUGGUGGCCUCUUCUUCCUGUCGAGACGUGCAGGCGGCGGAGGUGGCCAGAGCGGGAUCUUCGGCAUUGGUAAAAGCCGGGCUAAACGCUUCAAUCACGAAUCAGACAUCAAAAUCAAAUUCUCUGAUGUGGCCGGUAUGGACGAAGCUAAAGUGGAAAUCAUGGAAUUUGUCAGCUUUCUGAAGAACCCUAAGAAGUUCCAGAAACUAGGAGCCAAGAUUCCUCGCGGCGCCAUUCUUUCCGGACCCCCUGGUACUGGUAAGACUUUGCUUGCUAAAGCCACAGCCGGUGAAUCUGGUGUUCCCUUCUUCAGCGUCAGCGGCUCCGAAUUCGUUGAAAUGUUUGUCGGUGUUGGUCCCUCGCGUGUGCGGGAUCUCUUUGCCAAUGCCCGCAAAAACACACCCUGCAUCAUCUUCAUCGAUGAAAUUGACGCUAUUGGUAAAUCACGAUCCAAGAACCAAAUGGGUGGUGGAAAUGACGAGCGCGAGAGUACUCUGAACCAGAUCCUUACCGAGAUGGAUGGCUUCAACACUUCCGAACAAGUGGUUGUGUUGGCUGGUACGAACCGCCCUGAUAUUCUGGACAAGGCUUUGAUGCGACCCGGUCGUUUUGACCGGCACAUUUCCAUCGACAGACCCACCAUGGACGGUCGCAAACAGAUCUUUGAUGUCUACCUCAAGAAGAUCGUGACCAAUGAGGAUAUCGAGUACUUGAAAGGACGACUUGCAGCUUUGACUCCCGGGUUCGCCGGUGCCGACAUCGCGAACUGUGUGAACGAAGCGGCACUCGUCGCGGCCCGUGAGAACGCUGAAAGCAUUACCAUGACGCACUUUGAGCGGGCUAUCGAGCGUGUCAUCGGUGGUCUGGAAAAGAAAUCUCUUGUACUUUCCCCGGAAGAGAAACGUACAGUUGCCUACCACGAGGCUGGACACGCUAUCUGUGGUUGGUACUUCCGUUGGGCCGAUCCCCUACUCAAGGUUUCUAUCAUCCCCCGCGGUCAGGGAGCUUUGGGUUACGCCCAGUACUUGCCUGCCAACGGCGACACCUAUUUGAUGAACGAGAGGCAGAUGAUGGACCGUAUGGCUAUGACACUGGGGGGCCGUGUCAGCGAAGAGUUGCACUUUGAUACUAUCACAACUGGCGCUAGUGACGACUUCAACAAAGUAACUCGGAUGGCCACGUCCAUGGUAACCAAGUUUGGCAUGUCUCCUAGCCUUCGUUACAUCUACUACGAGGAGGAUCCGCAAUCGCAGAUGCACAAGCCUUUCUCUGAAGCUACGGCGCACAAUAUUGACCAGGAGGUCCGCCGGAUCAUCGACAAGGCACACAAGCAAUGCCGAGAUCUCCUUGAGGCGAAGAAGAAGGAAAUCGGUCUCGUGGCUGAGGAACUUCUGGCCAAAGAAGUCCUCAGUCGAGACGAUAUGAUUCGUCUUCUGGGGCCUCGGGAGUGGCCCGACUCUGGCGACUUUGUAUACCUCGACAAUGGGCUACAUGGAAUGGGUUCUGUCAGUCUAUGA